AUGGACAGCGCAGACACCACCGUCGCCGGCGGCCGCGUCCUGCUCCUGCCGUUCCCGGGCAUGCAGGGCCACGCCAACCCCAUGCUCCAGCUCGGCCGCCGCCUCGCCUACCUCGGCCUCCGCCCCACCCUCGUCCUCACCCGCCACGUCCUCUCCGCCACCCCCACCACCCAGUGCCCCUUCCCCGUGGCCGCCAUCUCCGACGGCUUCGACGCCGGCGGCAUCGCCUCGUGCGCCGACACCGCCGAGUACCUGCGCCGCAUGGAGGCCGCCGGCUCCGACACGCUCGCGUCGCUCCUCCUCGCCGACGACGUACGGGUGCUCGUGUACGACUCGCACCUGCCGUGGGCGCGGCGCGUGGCGCGGGAGGCCGGCGUGGCCGCCGCCGCCUUCUUCACGCAGAUGUGCGCGGUGGACGUGGUCUACGGCGAGGUCUCCGCGGGGCGGGUGCCGCUGCCGCUCGCGGACGGGCGCGCGCUCCGGGGCAGGCUCUCCGUGGAGCUCGGGCCCGACGACGUGCCGCCGUUCGUCGCCGCGCCGGCGUGGUACCCGGCGUUCACGGAAUCGGCGCUGUCGCAGUUCGACGGGCUGGACCAGGCCGAUCACGUGCUCGUCAACUCCUUCCGCGACCUCGAGCCAAUGGAGGCUGACUACAUGCAAUUCAAAUGGCGUGCAAAGACGGUCGGCCCGACAUUACCGUCGUUCUAUCUAGACGAUGAUCGCCUGCUGUCGAACAAGGCCUAUGGCUUCAACCUCGUCUCGAGCACCUCUUCGUGCAUGGCAUGGCUCGACAAGCAGACUCCUUGCUCUGUGCUCCUCGCAUCCUAUGGCACGGUCGCCAACCUCGAGACGACCCAACUAGAGGAGCUAGGUCAUGGAUUGUGCAACUCCGGACAGCCCUUCCUUUGGGUGUUGAGGUCCAACGAGGCAGAUAAGUUGCCCCAAGAACUCCAUGACAAAUGCAACAUGAAAGGCCUAAUUGUCUCAUUUUGCCCUCAACUGGAGGUAUUGGUUCACAAGGCCACAGGUUGUUUCUUGACGCAUUGUGGAUGGAACUCGACAACUGAAGCAAUUGCCACCGGUGUACCCAUGAUCACAAUACCGCAAUGGGCGGACCAACCGACCACCGCAAAGUACGUGGAGAGCGCGUGGGGGAUCGGCCUGCGUGCGCGUCGAGACGAGAAAGGCUUGGUGAGAAGGGAGGAGGUGGAGAGGUGCAUCAAGGAGGUGAUGGGUGGAGAAGAGUAUAAGAGAAAUUCUUCUAAGUGGAUGCAGAAGGCCAAAGAGGCUAUGCAGGAAGGAGGGAGAUCUGACAAAAACAUUGCAGAUUUUGCUGCCAAAUAUUUAUGA